CCGGGAGCUCGCGCUCGGCUGGUUCCGGGUUGAGAGGCUGCGCUCGGACCGGAGCAGUGGCCGCUGAGCCGGCAGGGCUCCUACUCCUGCCUCUCCUCGCCUGCUCCCCGCACCCAUCCCUCGGUGCGGCCCCCGGCAGCGCCGCGCUCGCCCAGCCGCCCCCCUGCAUCCCAGGGCCCCCUCUCCGCCGCCCCCAGCGCCAUGGCGUGCAGCCUCAAGGACGAGCUGCUCUGCUCCAUCUGUCUGAGCAUCUACCAGGACCCGGUGAGCCUGGGCUGUGAGCACUACUUCUGCCGCCGCUGCAUCACCGAGCACUGGGUGAGGCAGGAGGCGCAGGGCGCCCGCGACUGCCCCGAGUGCCGGCGCACGUUCGCCGAGCCCGCGCUCGCGCCCAGCCUCAAGCUGGCCAACAUCGUGGAGCGCUACAGCGCCUUCCCGCUGGACGCCAUCCUCAGCGCGCGCCGCGCCGCGCGACCCUGCCAGGCGCACGACAAGGUCAAGCUCUUCUGCCUCACGGACCGCGCGCUGCUCUGCUUCUUCUGCGACGAGCCCGCGCUGCACGAGCAGCACCAGGUCACCGGCAUCGACGAUGCCUUCGAGGAGUUGCAGAGGGAGCUGAAGGAACAGCUUCAGGCCCUUCAGGACAGCGAGCGGGAGCACACCGAGGCGCUGCAGCUGCUCAAGCGACAGUUGGCCGAGACCAAGUCUUCCACCAAAGGCUUGCGGACCACCAUCGGUGAGGCGUUCGAGCGGCUACACCGGCUGCUGCGGGAGCGGCAGAAGGCCAUGCUGGAGGAGCUGGAGGCGGACACUGCUCGCACGCUGACCGACAUCGAGCAGAAGGUCCAGCGGUACAGCCAGCAGCUGCGCAAGGUGCAGGAGGGCGCCCAGAUCCUGCAGGAGCGGCUGGCUGAAACUGACCGCCACACCUUCCUGGCCGGGGUGGCCUCGCUGUCCGAGCGACUUAAAGGGAAAAUCCAUGAGACCAAUUUGACUUAUGAAGACUUCCCGACCUCCAAGUACACAGGCCCCCUGCAGUACACCAUCUGGAAGUCCCUGUUCCAGGACAUCCACCCAGUGCCCGCUGCCCUGACCCUGGACCCGGGCACUGCCCACCAGCGCCUGAUCCUGUCCGACGACUGCACCAUCGUGGCCUACGGCAACCUGCAUCCACAGCCGCUGCAGGACUCGCCGAAGCGCUUUGACGUGGAGGUGUCAGUGCUGGGCUCCGAGGCCUUCAGCAGCGGCGUCCACUACUGGGAGGUGGUGGUGGCGGAGAAGACCCAGUGGGUGAUCGGGCUGGCCCACGAGGCGGCCAGCCGCAAGGGCAGCAUCCAGAUCCAGCCCAGCCGGGGCUUCUACUGCAUCGUCAUGCACGACGGCAACCAGUACAGCGCCUGCACUGAGCCCUGGACCCGGCUCAACGUCCGCGACAAGCUCGACAAGGUGGGCGUGUUCCUGGACUAUGAUCAAGGCCUGCUCAUCUUCUACAACGCUGACGACAUGUCCUGGCUCUACACCUUCCGCGAGAAGUUUCCGGGCAAGCUCUGCUCCUACUUCAGCCCCGGGCAGAGCCACGCUAACGGCAAGAACGUGCAGCCGUUGAGGAUCAAUACGGUCCGCAUCUAGGGGGGCAGAGGGCGCCCCCAGAUGCCACCUGGGCCACAGCCACCAGCAAGAGCGCUGCCCAGGGGACGAGAGGCCUGGACUCCGGUCAAGCGUGGCCACCGCGAGGUCUCAGAUCGCUUGUUUACCCUUCAGCCUCCAUUUCCCUGUCUGUAAAAUGGACGUUGUGCUCCAUGAUUCCUAAACUCUAUCAGCAUUGAUGUCCUGUAGUUCUGAACUUGAUGGGGAGGCAGCUUUGGUCCAAGAAUGUGAUGUGGCUUCUCCUCAGGGCAGCCCCCGCCCAGCCCUCAUCCCCAUCCUCUCAGGGGCAGGGGGACCACCUCCCUGUGUCUCCCUCCUGCCCGCAUGCCCUAAUCUCAGGAUGUGUCAGAGUUGCCAGCAGCUGGCAGCCUGAAAGAUACACAGGAACCCUCUCAUGCUCCCAGGUCUCAGACUUGCCCCUCACUAAGCCAUGGGCCAUUUUACCCUUGACCCCAGCCCAUGAUGGAUGCAGGCAGUAGCGGGUCUUAGGGUUGUCUGAGAGCCACCUCUUCUACCUCCAGACCAAGAGCUUUAUGGUUCCUGUUUUUCCCACUGACCUGUAGGUAGAGACAAUGCUGUGGCCUGUGGGAGGCACCCGGUCACUGAGCCCACAUGUUACAGUCACUGUGCCACCCCCUUCCAGCCCACGCAGGUCUAAAAGCAGGAUGACAGCACGCCCUGAGGCUAAUGCAGAGACCAGUAGCCUAAAGGCAGCUGCAGGAAAGCAUCACUGGGUGACGGAAGUCCCCAGAAGCUUGGAUAAGGGUCCAGGCAGGUCUCUGUGACCAGGCUAGGAUGCGGAGAGGCUGCAGGGAAUGGUGUUUCAGUCAGGACCGGAGCUCUGGGGCAGGCUGUUGGCCGGGACCUCCCAUCAGGCUUGGCAUCCGUUUCUGUUAGGAUCCUGUUUCAGAUAACAAGAGCUGCUUUAGCUAGUUUAAUUAGGCAGGAUUUAUUAUCACAUCCCUGAUGGCUUUGCAAAAUCAUUGGAAGGACUGCAGGAGCAGACUCUGCUGAAUUUCCAGGAAUAACUCCCAGUCACCAGAUUCAUCAUGUCUGUCCUGGUCAGAAACACUGCUCCUAUCUGCAGUAAGCCACUGCAUCAGGAAGCUGCUGACUGCAGAGCUGUGCUCCCUCCACUUCUGGCCAGGCCAGCAAAUGGAUGUCCUGAGGCAUCUCUCCCACUCAAUUUAAUUCCCAAAUCCAAAUGUGGAUGAGGGGCACUGUUGGAGAAAAAGAAAUAUGACCCAGGACUUUGGCUGUAAGGGUAUCUGGGAAAUUAUUCUUCUUUCCAGCCCCAGCCACAUAGAAAGGGCCUAGAAGGAAGUUAGAGUGAGUGCUGAACAAGCCUGUGCACAGGGGUUCACCUCGGGGUCUUGGCUUUGAAGCAGCAGAGCCUCCAGAUGUCCUGCUCCGUGGCUCUGUCCUUUCCCAGGGGUGACAGCCCCGAGAGGUGGAUCUGCAGGAGCGGCUGAAAUGUCUCAAGCCUCGGCUUUGCUUUCUAGUCCUGGAGCCUAGAUUCUGAAGCUCGUGGGGUCCCUGAUCACCCUUACCCCAAAGGAACCAGACUAGGUGAACUUGGGGGGCUCCCCUCACAACUACUGCCCAUUAGCAUCCUUCUUGGGCAGGAGAAAUCCUCAAUCUCAUCCCGCCCCUUCAUCUACCAGAAUCUGGGCCACCCCCAGCUGUAUUUUUAUUUUAAAUGUUACCCAUUUUGUGAGUUAUGAUGAAUUUGUAUUAAAUUAAAGUUACAGAAUGUCA